AGAGCAGACUGAUCCAGGAAGGAAGUAUCACCCAUUCAGGACAACUUGCUGUGUGGAGAUUGUUGCAAUAUUAUGAGAGGAACUUCCUUAUAAUCUAUUGUAUGAGCUUCCUCGUACAAGUUCUGUUUCAUAUCUGAGAGGUCAAAAUCUGAAAAAGAGAAGAGUCAAGGUAAGUGACACAAAAACAUGUUGUCGCUAGUGUUUGUUAUUGUGAGACUGAUGUGUGAGGAGUUCAUGCAGCACACCUCUCCACUCUUACAGACAGCAUGAGCAUCCUGGUGGUCUGUGUGAUCGGUAGUCAGCUUUAUAACAUAGGGAGUUCAACUUAUUCUUAGAUAUCUGUCAAGUUCUGGUCUAACCCAAACAAAAUAAAUCUAAAUGGACCUGAAUUUGAGACAAAUGUCAGAGCAGACGUUCCUCCUUGAUAAUGUCCUGCUCAUCCAGGACAUUAACACGCAGUUCCAAAUGACAAUGACAAAGGAGCUCAGUCAUAUAAAAACGCUAUAUUUCAAUAUUAUGUGUCAGAGAUAGCAAAAAUACCCACCUUGGCCAAAAGACCACUUAAAAUUCCCAGUGUGAGACACAUGCAGAAACAGUAUCUGUGAUUGAGACAGUCAGGGUCAGGCAUAGGGAUGCACAAUGGUGGAUUUCUGCUCAUAUGCAGGAUAUUUUCAGACUCAUUUUGGCCAAUACUGAUAUCAACUAGAAAUAAUCAAAGUGUUCUUUUGAUUAUAGACAUACAAUUCUAUGUCUACUGUCUGUUUAUCAGGCUAAAGAUACUUCUAUACAGUCUUCAUGGAUAAUUUAAUGAAACACGUCUUUGCUGAAAAUGAUAUAUUAGCAGAAAUUUUCAUAUCUGUUGAUACGAUAAUUGACUUUUUAAGCUUACAUCUGCUGAUACGAAUGCCAUGCCAUUAGAGUCAAAAUAAUGAUUAAUUUGGCUGUUAAAAAACAAUUUGAACUAAUUGGCUUUGUCUGUCGAGUAAUAACUACAUGUUUUCCCAUCCUUACUGACAGCAGAUAAAAAAGAAAGCAGUUACUGGUUAAUGUUUGUUAUUGCUUCAUUCAUUGAUAUCAGUCAUGUUAUGAAAACUGUAGUAUAAUCCGGUGUAUUUUCUUUGUUUCAUGAAUUAAUUAAAAACCCAUCUAAACUAUAUUACUGGCUGAAAUGACUGUGUUGUAAAGAAAUACUAGGUUUUGUUAUGGUUAUGAAUUUGUUGUUUUUUAUCAAACCAAAAAAACAAUAGUGGUCAACAAACAGCUAAAAUGCUAGGUGUCUACAGUUCAAGCUCUGCCUUCUCUACAGUUUCCCUUCAGUGCCUACGCCUAGGACAUUUCAUGAAGCCCCGAGUUGGCUCUGUUUCUCAGCACCCACCCGUGUUAAUUUAAUUCUGACCAUGUCUUGAUAGAGGAGCAUUAGAGGAUAAUGGACAGCUUGCUGUGGAUUUUAUUCACUUCUUAUUGUCCAGAGUAUAAAAGCCAAGAAGCUGAACUGUCUUUAUAAAGUUAACUGAUUAAAAUCAUUGAAAGACUUCAGCAGCAGUCAGACUCACAUACAAGGAAAAUGUGACUGAAAAAAAUGGAUUUAGACCCAGCAGGACUUACCUGUGAUGGACAUGCAUUUUAACAUUAUUAUUGCAGUUUAUCGUUUUUGAAACAUCACAUUUGGAAGAGAAAACAUUCAAAUAUUGACGCUCAAUCAAAGCACUCAAGAAACACCAACAGAACAGAGUUACUGUUUAGUGAAAUGAUCAAUUUAAACUUUUUUCUGAAGCACGAGGUCUGUGCUAUUGGUGAGGACAUUAGCCAAUAUAGGGUUACUUUGGGCCCAAUAACUACUGAGCCCAGAGUAUUAGGAGCCAUCUUGGAUAGUUCCUCUGGUUGUGUACUGUUGGUAGUAGUUGUUGUCAAAGUAGUUUUAUUAUAAGUAUUUAUAUGACCGCUGGGGCAGGCCUCAGCCUUGCACCAGACCUAAAAUGGGAAAAGUGGUAAAGAUGAUGCAUGGAUAGAUUUGUACAGGAUUGAGAAGAAUAUAACACAAUACAUUGACUGCCAUUGCACUAGUAUAAUAAAAUGUAGUCUGAGCCUCUGCAUUGUGCAACAACAGCAUCAGGGAAAACAGUCUUUAUUUUGCAUUAUUUGCAGGAGCCAUGGUGUUGUAAUUAUUAUUGGUCCACGUGAUGUCACCAGUAAUAAGAGCUUGGUUAUGAACUUUGAAUUUUUCUUAUAAUGCAGUCAAUAACUUUGUUCUGUGUAAACUUAUGAUAAAUCACAACCCUGAGGAAUUGUGUCCCAGCGAGCCUUUCAAUAUAAACAAAAUUACAGAUUAGAUCAAACUUGGUUUCAUAAAGCCCUCAGCUGGAUACCACUUGGCACAUGUGAGAAGCUCCUUUAGGGUGUAAUAGUCGUGUCAAAUCAAGAAUUUCAAUUCAUAUUGCUGCCUCUCUUCAGAUGGGAUACAUGACGGUAGAAGAGCAAAGUGCCAACCUACUCCACCUGAAGAGAUCCCCGGGUAUUCGCUCCUGGUCUCUGCUUGUUGGUAAGUGUGUGUGUGUGUGUGUGUGUGUGUGUGUGUGUGUGUGUGUGUGUGUGUGUGUGUGUGUGUGUGUGUGUGUGUGUGUGCAAGAGUUCAUACACUCUUUAUAUGAAACCCCUUUUAAUGUGCUAACAUUAAAAACAUCUCUGCUCUUUUUUUUAUAAUCUCUGAAAUGAACAAUAAGACUCUCGUUUUCAUUGCAGGAAUAGCAUCUGUUGGGUUAACCGCUGCAUACUACAGCUCAGGUACACAAAUUGAAUUGACAUCAUCCCUUAAAACAAGUUAAAAACAACAGCUUUCAACUUACUUUAAUGUCCCACAAUAUCGUUUUUUAUGUCGAUCUUCCAGACAGUAUCCUCUGGAAGCUUUUCUAUGUGACCGGCUGCCUGUUUGUGGCCAUGCAGAACAUGGAGGAAUGGGAAGAGGCCGUGUUUGACAAAACCAAGAACCUUAUUGAGCUUAAGAGUUUCAGCUUGUACGCUUUAGUCCUAACACUUUGGAGGAAAGGACAUGAAAAAGGUCUGAGUGAUUCACCUGAUACAGCAGACUUCAGAUCUACUUAUAAUAUCAAAACUAGAUCUGAAGCUCAUGUUUGAUAUUUUUUCUUUCAGUUGUGUUGGACCUGACACAGCUGUGUGAUGUCUGCGUCCAGGAGGAGAAGGUGCGUUAUUUGGGGAAGGGCUACCUGUUGAUGCUGCGCCUGGCUGCUGGGUUCUCGUAUCCACUGACUCAGAGCGCCACUAUGGGGAGCCGCAGGUGGGUGUGUCAUAUUUUCGAAAAACAGUCCACACAUUAGUUAAAGACUGUCCUGGUAUCAGGGUGUAUAGUAGGAAAACAAACCUCUCGCUGGUACUCUUUCUCUGGACACAGCAGAACCUGUGGUGAUUCAGACAUCAUGAGACCUUCUCUCUCUAGAGCUCUGAGGUUCACUCAUCACUGCUCUUUGUAAACUCAUGUACAGCCUGCAUCAUCUAUGCAGAGACUAAAUCACAGGCAUGUCCUUAUAUAUGAGCGUACCUGCCAACAUCUGGGUUUUAAAAUCCGGGAGAUUUCUGCGGCGCGCGCCAGGCAAUUUUGGGGUUACCCUGUAUGGUGGAUUUAUUUAUGAGAGAAUUUGUAAUUAGAUUGCUCAUCCAAAUAAGUAUAAGGGAAGCUGCACACUUUCUUGUUUUGUUUUAACAAUAACAAAUGGUAAUAAAAAAAUAAUAGUUACGAUAUGCCUUGAACUUGUUUAGUCCACCAAUUUUAAAGUCCUCCAAUGUUUUACAUGCUCUCCCGUAUGACGCUCUCUGAACAUCUGUGCAAGCAAUACAGCACUCUUUUAUCUGAGGCUGCCCUGAACGCAUCACUCCGAGACGGCCCACAACUAUCAACGUAAAUAUUAUAUCUCACAUUUGUUUUGCUUUCAUUGAAGUGUUCAUUUUGCAGCAAACACUGCUUAAAUAUAGUCUACAACUUAAACCGACCUAAAAGUGUCUGUGAGGCUCAGCAGAAACACAGGACUAUCUUGAGUUGUCAAGAAACCUGGCAACUUUGGAAAAAUAUAGUGAUCCGAUUCAUGAAUGAACGUGGACCAUCAAACUACGGGAGAUUCCCUGGAGAAAUGACAAAACAGGAGGUGGGCGGGAGAGUCUCGGGUAAAACCGGAGUGUUGGCAGGUAUGUAUAUGAGGCAGUUCUCAACUUUCUCUCCUCUUAUUUAUUUGACGUUAUUAAAAUGAAAAAUAUUAUAAGCUGCAGUGUUUUACACUGUGACUCAGACACAGGACUUCGUUUUGUUUUCUGUCCCCAGAAAUAGGGAAAGGGUUAAAAGAGCUGGUGUGUGAAUGUUUUUCAGAGUAGUUUGGAGGUGUUGAAGGAUGAUGCAUCAGGCUGUAGAUGCUCUGACCUUUGACUUUCUGUUCUAUGAUCCAGAACAUGCUGUUUUUAUGUCUGUAACUUUGUUUGAAUGUGCUGCUGCUGGCCUUGGCCAGGACACACUUGUAAAAUAAGUUUUGAUCUCUGGUAGUUUUUCCCAUUGGAGAUCAUUAGUACUGAUUUUACAAGCAGCUCACAUCCUCCUAACUGAAUUCAGUCACAACCUAUUGUUUCUUUUUUUUUUCCUUUUUUUUUUUUUCGGACAGAGAGUGAGAAUCAACAUGAUGUCACAUUUUGGAAUUGAACCAGGACAGCCCACUUUACCUUCUGUACAUGGAAUUAACUGCCAUGUCGAACAUUGUUGAGUGGUUGAAAUCGAGCACAUUAUCAUGAUAUCUGCAAGAGCCAAGGGGAUAUAAUAGCAAACUGUUAAGCACUAGAGGAAAGAGAUGUUCUGCACAUGCCCUCAUGCUCACUUGCUUUAUUGAAUCAGGGCGAGAGCUUCAUUCGCUGACAUUUUCUUAAAGGCACCAUAAAGAGUUUUUAACUGGUUAAGAAACAAACCAGAACUGACACAAAUCCCUCUUCAUGACCUUUAGAAGCAAAUAGGACCAUCAGCAACAGGGCUGAUCAUUUUAAGUUGUGCUUGUAUCACCAACUGCAUGGACUGCUAUAAUUCUCUUUUCUUUAAUUACCCAGGAAGUCUUUAGUCAAUCAGCCAAUAAAAACUACAGCUCGCCCAGAAAUCUGCAGCUACAGUUCAAAUGCUUCAAAGAAAAGUGAUCCCAUAACCUUUCUUUGCACUGACUCCCUCUUUUGAUAAGAGUUGAUGUUACAGUUUUUGUUUUAAAGCUCUACAUGGCCUCGCUCCUCCAAACUUUACAGAACUUCUUUCAUUUUCUGUUCCAUCACCUUUUUAAAACGCCCCUCAUAUUGAACCCACAAGCACCAGAGAGAGAGAGAGAGAGAGAGAGAGAGAGAGAGAGAGAGAGAGAGAGAGAGAGAGAGAGAGAGAGAGAGAGAGAGAGAGAGAGAGAGAGAGAGAGAGAGAGAGAGAGAGAGAGAGAGAGAGAGAGAGAGAGAGAGAGAGAGAGAGAGAGAGAGAGAGAGAGAGAGAGAGAGAGAGAGCAAUGGUUUUACUCCUUAUUCUCUGAACCUCGCUGCAUUUCCCCAUCAGAAGAAGGAGCUCUCUGUCUUUUGAAGCUCCUGUGAGCAACUUUUGUUUUUGUAACAGUGUAAAGAUUAAAUGUGAAAAAUGUAAAAACAGGGAUGUUUGUUUGGCUGCUCAUCUAGCCCCUUUCACUACUUUCAGUUAUUGAAAAUCUUUGAAUAAUAAACGUCAGUUUUGUCACUGAUGGUCUGUUAAGUAUUAAAGCAUGAAGAAGAAAUCCAGUUGGUUUUAUUUACAUCAAAAAACUCCUCAAUGGAGCUUUAAAGACCUGUCCUUUUAAUCUGGCUUCUGCAGGUGGUUAAUUUGCAAAUAUUUUAUUCUAUGUUUCAUUUUUUUAGCCUUGGAUUUAAUGUGGCUUAAAAAUGACUUAAAAAUGUGAAUUGGUCAUGUUGAAGACCUGGAUCCUCCUCAGGCUGCUUAUCAUCUGACAUAUAAGCAAGACAGUAGUUCCAAAAGAGGGAAACACAUAUGCGUAGACACUGACUUGUUCUAACAGAAUUAUCUGUUUCUGUUUCCUGUCAGUGACGUGGAGGCAGUGGCGUCCCUGUUAAAGCGUUUCCUGGGUCUGGAGGAGCUGCAGAAACGCAGGCAGCAGGAGGAAGAGGCAGAGUAUGGAGAGGAGGAGGAUUCUUUAGACAACAGCAGUGACUCAGAGGAGGAAGUAGAAAAACACUGAUCUCACUGUGAUUUAUAACCCCUCUAUAACUUUGGAUUUUACAGGGGCAUUGUGGUGGAGCCGAGGCCUCACAGAACAUACAGUUAAAUUAUGCCCCAUUACUUGUCAUACUGUUAGCAUGUGCAUGAAACAUCAACUGAUGUUGACAGACAUCAGUUGAUGUUAGCCCAGGGGACUCUCAGAUGUUUUCUAAAAUUAAAUUUUCAUGUAAACUGGAGUGGGAAAAACAUCCAAGUGUUGUCAAGUUUAAGGUUUUGUGAUACCGGUUCAGGAAAUAAUAACUAGAGGGAGGGUUGGAAAGGAACUGAUAAAGCACUCUUGAGUAGCUUUUGAGUGGCUUUCAACUUUUUGAGAUUAUUUUUUAAAACUAGGACUCAUAUUUUUACAGAUUUUCUACAGGAGGUGUUACACAUAGCUUCAUUGCACAUAGCACCAAUUACUGAGUAAAAGGAAACACUCAACACGUGUGCAAACAUCUACAAACACUGGCAAAUAACAAGUCCUGCACCAGUAUUUAUCUGUAUCCUACAUCAUCCCGUCUCUCUCUUCAUUACAUCAAUGCAGAUCUGGAAAGCUUUUACACCUUCCUGUGGAUUGAGUUUGAUAUAGGGCAGAAGACGUUCCCUGUAUACUGAAACACUGAUGGAUUUUAAUGAUCAAACAGUGUGGGAACAUUAGUCUAGAGAAGGAUUAGCAUUAUGCAGUUUGUAAAACAUGUUUUCUCACAGCUCAUCUAAAGAUCAGACACAAUCUUGACAAAGUGUUAUUUAUAUAUUUAAUCUGUCAGCUCUGAUUUUAACAGGUUGUGCGUCUCUAAUGGGGAUGCACAAAUGAAUCAGCAUAACAUCGCUAUCAGCAGCUCUAGCAAUUUCUGCUAGUUGAUGUAAUUAUUGACCAAAAAGUUGAUGUACUCUUAAUGUGCAUGUGUUGACAGCCUAUACAUUAAGGCUGUAUAGAGUUGUUAUGAAGUGUUGGAAACAGACAGCAGACACAUUAUGUAAUAUUAACAUCUUUAAAAAACACAAGAAUCAAAUGCUGUUGGUCUUGUUUGUCUGGUUCUGAAACAAAGACAAUCACAACAGAGUAACAGAUAAAUUUUGUUGGAGAAGAGGAACCAAACAAAAACCUUUACAAAAAGGGUGUGCAUGUUUCGGUGCCCACAUUAGUCUCAGCAAAAAUGGGAUAGAAAAUAUUGGGAUAUCUGCAAGUCACAUAUUUUCAAAAAUCCAGUUUCUACAUCCCAAAUCUCUACAUAACUGAUUAGGUGACAUCUAAACUGCAAUAACAUAAAAUCUCAUCAAGUCAGUGUGUCUCACCUCCUGAAAUGUCUCACUACACUUUAUUUCAGCUACAUUUACCUGAUGGGUUCAAUAUCAAUCCAAUUUCAAGAUAUAAAAAACAAAAAAAAUCAGGUUUUUAAUCUGGUCAAGACAUUUUUAGUCAGUGCUUUGGCAGCUACAAUGCAAGUUCUUAUUUUCAGACCAUAAUAACAAUCCAGCAUCUGCCUACAAAGUGCAACACUGAGACAACUGCUGCUCAAUAAUUUCAUCCUGUAUAGAUGCAGAGUCAGGAUCACUUCACAUAUUAGUGAUGUUUGUUAUAUCACAAUGAUAAGUUUGAGAAAAUAUGUCCAUCUCACUGUACAAGUAUUCAUGACUUUCUGUUUUAUAACUCAAUGAAAGUACUUUUACUGGAGAAGACAAACAGACCAAAGUAAAAAGCUCAAUCGAACACCUUUUAUAUCUCUGUAAAGGUCGCUCUCUGUAAAGAGAUAUCAUGCUGAAUGACUGUUAGAGAACACACUCCAGUCUGCAGUUUACUGUGCCUUGCUACUGAGCUCUAAUAAGUGUUUAUGUGUUUCAUGUGCUGUGAUUUUCCCACCAUUUUCAGGACCACCCUCCCUUCCAAUAAUCAUCAUCAUCUUUGUGUUAUUAUUUGCACAGCUCAUACAUGCAUGUUCAAACCUUGUUCAGGUAUGAGGGAUUUUUUUUGUGGGUGAAAGGUUUUCUUGUAAAGCUUUUCCAUCUUUCAACAUUCAUUGACUUCUUAUGAACCAAAGACUGAAUCUCAGGCAAACUUUCUAAUGUGUUGGUUGACUAAAACACGAUUUCUUAUCCUCUUAGUUCACUGUCUGUGUUUAUUAUGCACAUUGUAUUGGAAUUAUAUAAAGUUUUUUGUAUGCAAAUGUAUAUGAAGGUCAUCUUUCAGCAUUACUGCAAUUAAUACAGCAGUUUCUGUUCUGCAAGUGUAAACGGAUACUUAAAUAAAGUCAAGUCAGUACAGGAUGCAGAAAGGCCAUUUGAAA